AAAUAAAACCAAAUAGUGAAAAAUCAGAUGACGGAAUUUCCCUGGUAUUAAAAGGCGGCUCCUUGGUCAAAAAACUCUACCUUCCGCUCUUUCUCAACCCUUUCCUUCCCGUCCAUCUGCCUUUUUAUAUAUAUUUUAGCAUUUACCACUUUUGGGUUGUCAGUCUGCUACUUGGAUAAUUUGACUUUCAAUCACACAGGAAGAUUUAGAAGGGGAAAAAAUGGAAGUGGUGAUACCGGGUACUCAAGUGAUGGAUUUUGAUUUCGACAGCGCUAGAUCAUCUCCACGUACAAGUGCUCCUUCUACGCCUAGACGAUUUGGUGACUGUUUCUUCAGUGCUCCCACAAGUCCUACAAGAAUGUCGGAGUUUUAUCGCGAAUUCGAUAGGUUCUCGAUGAUGGAUGAUAGGCAGAAAAGCAAAAGAAGCACUUGUUUGGCGAUUCCUUUUGAUUGGGAAGAAAAGCCAGGUACACCCAAGUCACCAAGAGCCGCAAGAAAUGACGAUGAUGAUGAUGAUGAUUUUGCUUUUGAUUUUAGUGAGGCGUUGGAGAAAACAUCUCUGUCAGCUGAAGAACUCUUUGAUGGAGGGAAAAUCAAGCCCUUGAAGCCUCCACCUCGGUUACAGGUCGAUGAGUAUAACCAGAAAAGCCCGCUCUUAUCGUCCCCUCGCUCGCCAACAUCACCGUUAUCCCAAGGCAGAAAGUUUUUCCGGGAAGCUUUUUCACCGAGGAAGAAGAAGGACAGAGACCCUUUCGCAACCGCCAUUGAAACCAGUCGGAAUCAAACUGAUGACCACAGAAGAGGAAGAGAAAGAGUUCAAGACCACUUAUCCAAGAAUUCAAGCCGCAGAGCAACAAGAUCGCUUUCUCCUUACAGAGUCUCCGAGUACCCAUGGGAAGAACAAGAACAAGAACAGGAAAACAAACAACAGCGAAAUGGAAGCACCAAUGACAAGCCACCAUCAUUGGAUUCAAAACCUUCGCUUUCAUCAAACAAGGGUUCUUCCAGAAAAUGGAGAUUAAGAGAUUUCCUCUUGUUUAGAAGCGCAUCCGAGGGACAUGCGACAGAUAAAUACUCAUUGAGGAAGUACUCGUCGAGCUUCUUCAAGAAACCUGAAGAUAGCAAGAAUUCAAGUUUGAAAUCCGGCGACAGCUCCGGUUCAGGUGGGUCUAGAAGAAAAGCAUCGGCUCACGAGAUACACUACACGACGAACAAAGCAGUAUCCGAGAACAUGAAGAAAAGAACAUUCUUGCCAUAUAAACAAGGUAUUUUGGGAAGGCUGGCGUUCAAUCCCCGUUAAUUAAAGCGAUUUCUUUUUGUUCAUAUACCAAAGUCAUUUCAUUUGUUUGUUGUAAAGAUCAGCAAUCAAUCUGAUUGUUACUAUCAAGUGCAUUAUUUAUUCAUAUGAGUGAUUUCAAUUU